GCAUCAUACUUUGCCGAGUAUGAAGUACGAAGUACUCAUUGCUUCUUCCUUUGACCGUUGCGUCGCGUUGCCAAGGAGUGACCAAGACGCGCUCGGCUGCCCCUCGACGCGUCUUCAACGUCUUGAACGUUUCCAUUGCACCCUGCCAAUUAGCCACAAUUGACAACCACACGUUCCUGUAGCUUGUCCUCACUCAUUAUCAUAUCAGAAUCCCCAGCUGAUUAUUAUUCAAUCAUACCGGCGCUUUCAUUUCUUGGAGUAACUCGGUCUGCUGGGAAGAAGUCAUGGUUCAACUCUCUCACUCAUCAUCUUCAAUAUGCCCCUCCAGAAGUCGUUCUCUGAGCAGAAUGGCCCCAAACCUCGACAAUUAUGGCAAAGGUCCAAAACCCACACCGGCAUGAAUACGUCGUCGACCUCAAGUACACGACCCGUAUCGAAGCGGCCCCUUGAGCCAGUGUCCGAAAUCACUAAAAACAAAUUGCAUGCCUUCAAGUUCCAGCCACCAGCACUAGAUACAGGCGAUGGCCGAACUCUGGAGGAUGCCUUGGCAGAUGGAAACACGCGUUCGACCGCGACUGCAAAACAUUCGGAGAACCAGAGCGAGCAUACACAAUCUCUAGAUGCGACAAAUACUAAGAGCGCCAUCACACCUAUCGGUCGCCUGGCAUGGCAGGACCUUAUUGGCGUGUCGCAACCCAAAGACGAGGAGGAACGUAUCAGUCCAAAUGAACGUAUCGGAUGGAACACGAGACCAGAUGCGUACAGGCUGUCGCCAAUGGUGCCUCGCAGGAGAGGCAAGAAGAGGGCACGGAGCUCCUCGCCCACCUCCUCACCGGCCUCUGGCUCCAAAUCGAAUACACCUGCAGUCAAUGUACAGAAGCUGUCUCAGGCGCUGAAAUCGCCGCAUGCCGACCCGGCUAUGGAGUUGUGGGACCGCUUCUCCGUCAACGGAUCCAUGGCGAAAACACCCCUCGGAACCACCAAUCCGGCUCUGGCUCAAAUUAUGUUCUCUUCUUCUCCAAAACCGUCCAAGGCGUCAGCCGGAAUGGUCGGGGCUCCUUCCGAAGGUGGACUUCGAAGGGCAAUUAGCUGCGGAGUUCACUGGCCGAAAAGGAGACGGGUCGAGCGCAGCGAAUCUUCUGCCGUCAGUGACGCCAUAUCUGAGGACAGUCCAUGCGAGGGCUCAAAGUCUUCCAUGGUCAAUGCCUUGUUGCAGAGUGUGACAGGCGAAAUCAAUCGAUCGAAGGCACUCAAAGUUCGUCAAGCAGCCCUGAAGUCUCCAUCGCCAAAGAAGAAGCGUCUACGGACCGGAGAGGACAACCCACCAACCAAGACACAGCCCGCAUCAUCGAAGCCACCGCCGCCACUCUUCCACGCGCGGACAAAUCUGACGAAGGAAGAUGUAUCCAAGGAGACGACAGAAGACGGAUCUGACUAUGAAGAUGAUGACUUUGACGAUGAUGCCCUGAUGGAGCUGGACGCAACACUCGUCGCUGCAUGUGAAGACGAGGCGCCUUUACCAGCGCCAGUAGACAUGGGGCCGACGAGAUCGGUGAAACGCGCUCCGUCGCCCACUUCUGAGCACACCUUAGAGGACGAUGAGUUUGCGGACUUGGACGAUGACGAUGUGUUUGCUGCUGCAGAGGACAUGGUGGCGCAGAUCGAAUCGAGCUAUGCGUCUCGUGUCGAUUCCGGUUCUGCCACGCGGCAGGAACUCGUGAAGCCACAAAUUGUUCCAGGAACUAAGUUGUGGGAGCUUGAUGACGACGCAUUUGGGGAUGAUUUUGGUGGUGAUUUUGAUUUUGAAGCUGCAGAGAUUGCUGCUACACAGUCAGUCAAGGAGAUCAGUGCAACUUUAGCGCCUGUACGUAGGUGUGGAUAGGUUCGAAUGGAAUGCCUGCUAAGUCUGCUAGUAGGCACCUCACAAACCUAAGGCAUUUCAACAAUACUUGGUGACCAAGGUC